ACGAUGUUCAGUUACAUGUUUAGUACCCAUCAUGGCAUGCUUUUCCUACGCAGAGUUUAGCGUUUAAGCAGCAUACCGCAAGUAGCUUUCGCUUUUAAUAAGUUGCCAAACAACCAUACCAAAAUGCCAUAUACUUAAGAACCACGCAAUUAUCAGUAAUUUGAGGACAGCGAGGUUAGGAGGAGGAAUAGGUGUAGGAAUACGUAGACCGACUUGUUAAUUGUGCGGAGAAAAAUGAGUUCCCGUAUACCUGCACGCCCCUUUAGUACACCAAGUCCGCUUCAGAGGUUACCGUCAGAAGCUGGCACGCCAUCGGAGCGCGGGACUACUGAGCGUGGUUCAGCUCAGCGGAGUUCCGGGCCUACUCCACCAAAAUAUAAAACAGAGGGUGACAUAGAGCCUGCUGAAAAAGUAAAAGUCUACGCUCGCAUUCGCCCGGCUUUGCGUGACGACGAGACACCCGGGGCCUUGGCUUGGUCGGAGGACGGCCAGCUGACGAUAUUCCGACCGGACGCGCCUGUUCCACAAUCCGACUUUGUGUUUGACAAGGUGUUGGGUCCGGACUGCAGCCAGGCGGAUGUGUACACGGCGGCGGUGUCAGACGUGGUGGGGGACGUGCUGCGCGGCUACAACGGAACCAUCCUGGCUUACGGCCAAACAGGUGCCGGCAAGACCUUCACGCUGGGCAACACGGCGCCGGAUGCCAUCGGCAUGAUCCCCCGAGCAGCGGCGGAGCUGUUCGCCGCGGCGGCCCGCGACCACCUGCACACCUACCGCAUCACCAUGUCGUACAUACAGAUUUACAUGGAGAUGAUUCAGGACCUCCUAAACCCCACGGCCGACAACCUGCCCAUCCGCGAGGACUCGAGCGGUGUGUUCGUCGCGGGCGCGUGCGAGGUGCCGGUGUCCUCCCUGGAGGAGUGCCUGCACUACCUGGAGCUGGGGGAGCAGAACAGGAUCUUUGCGUUCACCCACCUGAAUGCGCACAGCAGCCGCAGCCAUGCAGUGGUGAUGCUAACAGCCGUCAAGGGCCGCAAGUACCUGACGACGGAGGAGCGCGCGCAGGCGGAGGCGCCCGACCAGGACGGAGUGGUGGCGCAGAAGGUGACGGUGGGCAAGCUGUACCUUGUUGACCUGGCGGGCAGCGAGCGGCUGAAGAAGUCCAAGAGCGUGGGGCUGCGGGCCACGGAGGCGCGCUCCAUCAACCUCUCGCUCACCAUGCUGGGCAUGUGCAUCUCGGCGAGGGCGCAGGACUCGCCGCACGUGCCGUUUCGGGAUUCCAAGCUCACGAGGCUGUUGCAGGAGUCCCUGGGCGGCAACGCGCGCACCUCCCUCAUCCUCUGCCUGUCGGAUGUACGGCAGCACGCGGACGAGUCGCUGCAGUCGCUCCAGUUUGGCGCGCGGGCGGCGUGUGUGCGGAACAAGCCGGUGGUCAACGAGCGGGUGCAUGUACGGCAGCUGACGGCUGAGCUGCUGGCUGCGCUGGAGGAGGGUCACGAGCGCGCUGACGGGUUGGAGGCGGCCCUGUCGCAGACCAAGGAGGAGCGCGACGCGCUGCAGGCGGCCCUGGCCCGCGAGAAGGCGCGGUCGGCCGCCAUCGUGGACGCACUGAGGUCGGAGGCGGAGUCGCGGCAGGCGCAGGCGGCAGCCAGGCUGGCAGAGCAGGCUGAGCUGCUGUCCACGCACGUGCAGCAGCUGGGUCAGGUGCAGCAGCAGCAGGGGCAGCUGGAACUGGAGGUGGCCAGGCUGAGGGACGAGCAGCGCGCGCGUGAGGAGGCCCACCGCGCCGAGCUGGCGGCGCUGCAGGAGCGCCUCGCAGCGGCGCAGGCGGCAGCAGCCAGCGAGAGAGCAGCGCUGGAGGCGGAGGCGCGCAGUCAGCAAGUCCUGCUGGCGGCGGCGGCGCAGCGGCAGGCGGCGGCGCUGGUCGCCCGGCUGACUCAGGAGCGUACGGCGGCUCGGGAGCACGCGACGUCCAUCCACCUAGCGCUAGCCAGGCUGCAGCAGGCGCUGGGGGCGCUGGCAGCGGGCCCAGCUGCGCCUCCCGAGCCGUCCACGGCUGAGGAGGCGGCACCGUGCGGCGAGGCGGCUCCCCGCUGCGGAGCUGAGGAGGCUGAGGAGGCGGGGAGGUGCUCGGAGGCCCCCCGGCCUGCGGGAGAGGAGGGCUGCUCUAGUGCUGCACCGCACCGGCCAGGGAUGAUGCUGGCGGCUGGCGGCGGCGAGGGAGGUGCCGUACAGCUGCUGGUCCAGGCGGCCCUGGAAAGGGACCCAGUGCCGGCGGUCGGAGGUAAAGGUGGAGGCCAAGAAGGUGGUGGUGGUGGUGAGGGCCCCGGCAGUCCUGGCGUGGCAACGUCGGCUGGUCCCGGCGCUAGCGGCGCGGGCAGCAACCUGGCAGCCCUCGCUUCCGGCGCGUAUGUGCCUGCUACGGCACUGCAUGCGGGGCUGGCAGCCGUCCCAGAUCGAACGCCUUCUUCACACCCGGUGGCAGCAGGGCAGGCGGCAACCACGACAGGGCAGGCCUCUGAAGGCCGGCAGGACGGCAGCAGCCGCCCCGUGCCCUACACCAGCACCCCCGCUACCAUCCAGUCAUCCAUGGACCUGUCGGAUCUCAAUGCGGCGCUGGCGGCGGCUGAGGAGGAUCUUCUGGCUGAUCUCGGUGCCGUACAGGAUCUCUCCACGCCGGGGUCUGCUGACGUCGGCGGCAUCCGCCUGCGGCCUGUGACAACGCCAGCUGCCGCAACAGACGCAGCUGCCGCUACCACCGCCGGCGGCCCUCCUACUGCCACUCCGCCCUCUGACGUUAUCGCCCCGUCACCCAUGCUGUCCACUCCGCCGCGUUCCCCUCCGGCGGCUGCUCGGGUCCCUCCCAGCGGCGCCGCCUCAAGCGCCAGUGGCGCCGGGAGCUACGCAGCGGCGCAUGCGGCCGCCGUGGCUGCCGGCGUCUCCACGCCCCCCUGGCGGCAGUCGCCGGGGUACGGGCAGCUGCAUGGCGGGGCGGCAGCAGCAGCUCAGGACGGUGGGGCGGGCGGCGGCUCGUCGUCGGGCCUGACACCCCCGCCGCCUAAGCUAGCGAGCACAACACCGCAGCUCAGCCUUCGCAAAUGCAACAGCGUUUCCUCCUCGGCCACGGCUGCUUCUUCUGCGCCAGUGCUUGCGGCUCCUCCGCCUCUGACCGCACGCGGUAGCGGCGGCAGCGACCCUCAAGCGCUGCGACCCUCGAGUGCUCCUUCACACGCGCUAGGAGCGGUACCGCUUGCGGCGCUGCCCCCUCAGCCUUCCUCAUCCGGACAGCAGCUCACAGAUGCACCGAGUGACAGCAUCAGCAUGAUGUUGCCGGCAACGCGGGUAACGCCCCUUUCCGCAGCAGCCACGCCCUCCCCCUCCUCCACGCAGCAGCAGCUGAUGGUCUCCGCGGCCGCAUCCGCUGCGGCAUGCAGCCUCUCCUCAGCCUUCCAGCAGGGCUACCCGACCAGCCCCACCACCUUUGCCACAGCCGCCGGGGACUCAGCAACCCCAGCAUCCCCAGCAGCAGCACCUGUAGCAGGGCGGACCACCCACAGCCCCGCAUUCAGUACGGCCUGCGGCAGCGGCCUCUCCUCAUCCGCCCCUGCCGCGGUGGGAUUCCCGGGAGCGCUCUUUCCGCUGCAGCACUCGCACACCUACCCGGGACACCUCAGCCUGAACCCCGCCUUUGACGCAAUCGACUCGGAGGGGUUCACCAUGUCGGAAGACGUAGUAGUGAUGGGCGGGGCGUCCUCUGCCGCCGCCUUUGCCGCGACAGCGCCUGAGGCCUCCACUGCUGCUUCACCCUGCCUGACGCCUGCUGCUGCUGGUGCCGCUGGUGCCGUACCGCGGUGGACAGCACCUCUGCUUCCGCCCUCCUCGGCUGCUGCGGCCGGUGGAGCGGUGUCCGGUCCGUCGUUGUUUGCGGGGAUCCAUGUGCAGCUGAACGCGAUGUGGGACCUGGUGUGUGCUGCGCGGAGGGUCAAGGCGGGCUUGGAGGCUCGCGCAAUGCAGCAGGCGGGCGAGCUGGCGCGCCUACGCGAGGAGCAGCGCCGAGCGCAGGAGGGAGCGCAGGAGAUGCAGGGGCAGCUGCAGGCGACCCAGGACGCCCUGGCUGCAGCCGAGUCGCGGCUCUCCGACACCACCUCCCAGCUGGAGGCCGCCCGCCGGACGCUGGAUGACACCCUGCAGGCCCUGUACGACACGCGGCAGCAGCUGCAGGAGCGAGGUACGGCGCUGGAGGACGUGCGGCAACGGUUGGGCGAGACGGGCGAGCGGUUGGAGGAGGCGGUCGGUCUUGCGGAUGCCACGGCUCGGACGUUGGAGGAGCGGGAGCAGGCUCUGCAGGCGAGCAGCGCGGAGGGCAGGAGGCUGGCGGAGGACCUCGCGGCUGCGAUGGCCACCCUAGCAGCGGAGCGUGACACUCUGCGGUGGGAGCGGGCGGCCAGCGAGCGCUGCACUGAGGUGUCGGCGCAGGCGCUGUGUGCGCGGCGGGAGCUGCAGCGGCAGAUCCACGCUUCCAACGCCAUCAAGCGGGCCUUCAAGCGGUACAAGGUGGCGCAGCUGCGGAGCCGUGUGGAGGCCAACGAGCGGGCGCUAGCCGAGGCGGAGGCCAGCCGGCGGGCGAUGCAGGCGGCUCAGUCCGCGCGGGAGGCGGAUCAGGCUGCUGCCGCGGGGCAGGUGCUGGUGCAGGAGUCGGUGGCGGUCAUGAAGGACGCUGUGGGUUGCAUCCUAGCCGCGUUCCUGGGUCGCCGCCACGAGCUGGCUGCCACCCGGGCCCUCAACCGGCGACUCGCGCAGAUACUGCCCUCCGCGUCCGCGGCGCCCGCCCGCACCAAGGGAAGCGCUGCUGCUGCUGCUGCUGCUGCUGCUGCGGGGACUGCGGCUGCUCGACCCGCCGCGAAGACAGGGUGCCCUGGCGCCGGCAGCGGCAUUUGUGCUGCCACGCCGUCAUCAACGCGCCUGCAGGGCUACCCGGCGGGCACCCACACACUGUCGCUGCUGCUGGCGGCAGCCACUCCGCCACCGCUGCAGCUUGCUGCGGCAGCGUCAAGAGCGCCAGCGCAGCAGCAGCAGCAGCAGCAGGAGUAAAGGGAUGAUGCCGGGGCGGUACCGGGGGAUGCGGGUGGUUUGUUGGCGCCAGCAAAGUUAGGCAAAUGCUGGUAUUGCUGCUGCGGGUGGUAUAGAGUGCGGUAUACGGUGCUCAGGUUCAGAGGUGCUGGAAGGGGCAAUUACAGCGGGGUGUAGAUUGUUGAGGUGGCAGUGCAGCGAUCACUGGCCUCCUCUGCUGCCUAGCUGAUCGGAACAGCACAGGAGGGCUGGGGUCGCGCGGAGGCGAUGUCGACGUGGAGGGCUAGUUUGGUGUGUGAAUUGAGACCGAUAGAGACGUGUCCGGGCGGUAUGUAACUCAGCUAUUCCUUAAGCGGGGC